AUGACAACUCGGCUAUGGAGUUGGAAGAGUGUCCGACUAAGGGUUGCGAUAUGCAUUGCACUAGCGCUCACCAUCGAAGGCCUGAUGAGGAGCAAUCUGAAUAUGGCAAUGGUCUGCAUGCUGAACGAGACAGCAAUCGCUGAAGGACGACCUCUUAGAACUACAAACAACUCAUUUGCUGCGGCGAAGUGUGAAGUGCUCAAAUUUGGCAACGAAAAAAUCUACGAAUAUAACUUGAAUCGUUGGAUGGGCGCAAAGCGGCUGGUUCUCUACGGUGCCAUCAUCAACGUUCUGGGCACGUUCGCCACACCAACAGUGGCCAGCUAUCUAGGAGCCAUCCCAAUGGUCAUUCUACGAUUUGUCAUGGGUUUUGGCCAGGGUUUGCUCUGGCCAUGUAUGAGUGUCCUUGUGGGCCACUGGUUCCCUCCUACCGAGAAGAGUACAGCUUUAGCCAUUGCAACCACAGGAAAUCAGCUUUCGGUCGUCAUUGCAAUGUUUGCAACGGCUGAAUUGUGUCAGGUGCCGUUUAUGGGCGGUUGGCCGAUGGCUUUUCAUGUAUUCUUGGUGUACUGCUGCUGUAUUCUUUGGCAAGUUUUUGUCGCCGACGAUCCCGCAAACGCCAGAGGUAUCACCAACGAGGAAAUCCAAGUCAUCACAAAUGCAGCCGGUCGGCGGCCUCGUGUGCAGCGUGCCAAUUGGGCGCAGCUGCUGUCGUCCCCAGUGGUGUGGUCUAUUGCUGGAAGUGCAUUCGCUCAUAACUUCAUAACCGUCGGAACGGUCACCUAUCUUCCACUGUACUACAAAACUGUACUGAACAUGAGCUUAACCUCGAACGGGAUCCUCUCAGCGUUGCCAUUCAUCUGCCAGUUUGUCUCCAAGGUCUUAUACGCCGGCUUUGCUGAUGAGUCGAAGAAACGCAAUUGGAUGGGUUUCACCAGCGUCACCAAAGCAUGCAAUUCUAGUGCUUCUCUCGGGCUCGCCAUUUGUUUCGGCUUAUUGUGCUUUUGUGACUGUACGUACAGAUGGACGGCUGUGAUCUUGAUUUGUUUGGCUAUGGCGUUCAUCUCGGGAUAUAUCCCGGGUUACAACACAAGGGUUGCGAUAUGCAUUGCGCUAGCGCUCACCAUCGAAGGCCUGAUGAGAAGCAAUCUGAAUAUGGCAAUGGUCUGCAUGCUGAACGAGACAGCAAUCGCUGAAGGACGACCUUUGACGAUGAGAACUUCAAACAACUCAUUUGCUGGGGCGAAGUGUGAAGUGCUCAAAUUUGGCAACGAAAAAAUCUACGAAUAUACCGGCGACCUUACAUGGACUUCUCAACAGCGUGCAGUGAUCUUCGCUUCGUUCUACGCUGGAGGUCUUCUGGCUACUCUCGUCACCGAGAACUUGAAUCGUUGGAUGGGCGCAAAGCGGCUGGUUCUCUACGGUGCCAUCAUCAACGUUCUGGGCACGUUCGCCACACCAACAGUGGCCAGCUAUCUAGGAGCCAUCCCAAUGGUCAUUCUACGAUUUGUCAUGGGGUUUGCUCUGGCCAUGUAUGAGUGUCCUUGUGGCCACUGGUUCCCUCCUACCGAGAAGAGUACAGCUUUAGCCAUUGCAACCACAGGAAAUCAGCUUUCGGUCGUCAUUGCAAUGUUUGCAACGGCUGAAUUGUGUCAGGUGCCGUUUAUGGGCGGUUGGCCGAUGGCUUUUCAUGUUUACGGUAUUCUUGGUGUACUGCUCUGUAUUCUUUGGCAAGUUUUUGUCGCCGACGAUCCCGCAAACGCCAGAGGUAUCACUAACGAGGAAAUCCAAGUCAUCACAAAUGCAGCCGGUCGGCGGCCUCGUGUGCAGCGUGCCAAUUGGGCGCAGCUGCUGUCGUCCCCAGUGGUGUGGUCUAUUGCUGGAAGUGCAUUCGCUCAUAACUUCAUAACCGUCGGAACGGUCACCUAUCUUCCACUGUACUACAAAACUGUACUGAACAUGAGCUUAACCUCGCGUUGCCAUUCAUCUGCCAGUUUGUCUCCAAGGUCUUAUACGCCGGCUUUGCUGAUGAGUCGAAGAAACGCAAUUGGAUGGGUUUCACCAGCGUCACCAAAGCAUGCAAUUCUAGUGAUCGCAUCAUCUCUCGCUCCGUACGAAAUUGGCGCCCUCACAAAACAGGGUAUUCUUGAGGAAUGGCAGAUUGUAUUCCUCACUAUUGUGGGUAUUCUUGAGGAAUGGCAGAUUGUAUUCCUCACUAUUGUGGUGAUCUGCAUGAUAACCGGCCUUUUCUUCCAAAUAUCCGGUUCAGCUGACGUCCAGCCAUGGGACUCUGUCAUCUGCGAGGAACCGAAACAGGAGCUUCUGGAGGAAAAGCCGACCAACGGGUCAAAUGCUGUGGAAAAUAACUCUGCUGCCUAG